GGUCACCAUGGCGGAAGCAGUAAUUGAAGAAUACGUGUCAACGCUCAACGAUUUGAAGCAGAACAGCAAGCCGAUGAUCAACGUUUUGACGAUGCUGGCCGUAGACAAUAUAAAAUACGCAAAAGAUAUUGUUGGGCUGGUAGAGUCGCGAAUUCAGAAGGCAAGUGGCAAGGAAAAACUUCCCGUUCUGUACCUUAUGGAUUCCAUUAUAAAGAACAAAGGUGGUGUUUACCUGCAAUACUUUUCUAGCAACUUGGUUCAAACGUUUGUAGGUGCAUUUGCAAAGGUAGAUGAGAAGACCAGAGAAUCAAUGUUCAAACUGAGAUCCACAUGGAAUGGACUUUAUCCAGAUGUGAUACUGCAUGGUUUGGACAAGAGAGUUAAGGGGAUUGAUCCUGCAUGGCCAAUCAUUACACCACCACCAACUAGUCCAGUUCCUCCUGCAAUUCAUGUCAACCCCAAGUUCAUUAAAAAGGACCAGGAACCAAAACCUGAGAAACCACAGAAAGAAAUCCAAUUGGAGCUGGAACUUCAACAAAAGAAAUCGGAGGAUGAAAUGAGAAAAGCACUCAUUGAAAAGCAGCAACAACUGCUACAACUAAAAAGAAAGGAAUUGGAGUUCGAGCUGGAGCAAACAAAGCUAAGGUUAGAAGCCCAGAACGUAGAACUGUCACUCAAAAACCAUCAGCUAGAAGCUCAGAGUAGGCUGCUAGCAUCUUCGUCAGGAGAGGGACCACUUAAACCAGUCGUGUUUCCAGACCCAGUAGAAGAUUCACCAGUUGAAGAGCAACCCUGGAUGCAGCAAGCUGCCAUGUCUGCAGUAAAACCUCCUGUGCAAGGGAAUUUAGUGACUGCUCCUGUGCCUACUCCUACCACAGCAGUUAGAGAUCCAAGAUUAACAUCCAGGGACCCACGUUUAGCACGUCGUGAUCCAAGACUCAGGACUGUCCCAACAAGUAGUGUGCAAUCAGUGGUUCCACAGGCUGUAGCACCUCAGAUUGUUAAAGCUCAACCAAAGCCAACGAUUCCUGCUCAAGUAACACCCCAGAAUCCUCUUCCUGAUCCCUCUGCUAAUAAUGCCGAACCUGGACCACUAGCUGGUAAGUUGGCACUACUUCCAACUCCAGCUCAGCCAACUUCAGCUCAGCCAACUCCAGCUCAGCCAACUCCAGCUCAGCCUCGCUCUAUUCUAAAAAAUGCAAAAGAGAAACGACCAGAAGCUAUUGUACAGGAUAUGAGUGGAUCGCAGCUAGAGAAAGAAAUACCCCAUUACCCUAACCCACCACAUCCUGCUUUGCGAGAUGAAGGAAGAAGGUUUCCUGACUUAAUGAUGUCUGGACCUGGUCCAAGAAUGCCAGUACCCCCUCAGCAAAGAGAUGGGCCUAUGAAUUAUAAUGGACCAAUUGGUCUUAGACCAAGAAGGGAUGGCCCUUGUAGGCCAGGUCCAUUCCCUCCAGGGUGGAGAGAUUUCCCCCCUGAGCAAGACAUGAGGAUGAAUGACUAUACACGGGGUGAUAGGCUUAAUGAAAGAACUUACAAAGAUGAAUUUGGUAGAGAUGUUGUGGAUAGGAGGGAUGAUAGAGAAAGAAGGGAUGAUUUUGAGAGACGAAGGCGAAUUGAUAGACUAGAUAGGGAAAGAGAACAACGAAGAAGGAAUGAACGUUUACGGGAUACAAGAAGAGAUGAAAGAAAUGGUGAUGACAGGAGAGGACGGUCAAGAAGAGAUAGCAGAGAAAGGGAUCGUGACAGAGGAAAAACUCGUAGUUCAAGACGUAGGUCCGCUUCGCCGCAUGGACGGUCUCGGUCUCCACGUGAUAAGCGUGAGCGUGAUAGAGGCACCAGGAGUGAUAGAGAUAAGAAGGAAAGUAAACCAAAAGAGAAGAAAGUUGAUGAAGCUAGAAGUAGUAAAGAUGACGAAAGUCAAAGCGAUGCUUCAGAAACAAAGCAAAGUGCAAUUGUCAAAGAUGCCGGUAAACCAAUGGAAGAGGUUAAAGAGGAAAAAAAAUCAGUAAAGAGAAAGUCUGAUGUGAUAGAGGCAACAGAUGAAAUAAAAGAGCAAGCAACUAAGAAAGCAAAGAUUGACGAUGACAAAGAAAAAGAGCAAACAAAGAAGCCUAAAAAUAGCAGUGGUGAGUGGGAAGAAGAACCAUGGUGUGAAAGGCUGGGACCUUCCAAGGAGAGCCCUGCUAGUCCAUUACUAGGACCUUCCAAAGACAGCCCUGACAGUCCACUACAAGGACCUACCAAAGACAGCCCUGACAGUCCACUACUUGGAAUUUCCAAAGACAGCCCUGAUAGUCCAUUACAAGAUGUCAUUCCACAACCUGUUGCAAUGGUAAUUGAUAAAAGCCCACCUGGACGGAGGGUUAGUAUUGACCCAUCAGUGAAGAUACCUAAGGAGCUAUCGGCUCAAAUGCUGCCAAAAAUACUCGCAAAUGCUGAAAAGCAAUUGGACUCUGGCCAAAUCGAUCAUAAACAGCACCAGGAUCUACUAUGUAAACUUUCAGAGGUUUAUAAGUUCCAGCAGCAACAGAGUGAAGAAAAUCAAUGGCAACAUGGUGACACAUCGCUACCACCAGAAGAAAAAGUUUCUGUUGGUCUCAGUGAUCUAGCAAGUACAAGUAAAGAUAAAGAUGAACGAGUUGCGCAUCCAAGUAUUUUGAAAAAAAGUCGUGCAGAUAUUACCACUGCUACUAAAGAUCAGGACAUGCGGUCUGAAAAACCUCAGGAUCAGGACAUGAGAAAGAAAGAUGACACUGAUAUGCGGAAACUAGUAGCUGACAAAGAUGAUCGCAAGUCUGACACACAAUCUAUUGAUGAUAAGGGUGCAGAUGGAGACGAGCUAAACAAAGAACCAUUACAAAGUGGGACCGACAUUGAAGAACCAAUAGCUGUUGAUCAAGAUAUGCGAAAAUUACCAAAAGCUGUUGAUAAGGAUUACCGCAGACCUUCACUAAAUGACGACCAGCAAUCUAAAUCUGAAGAGUCCAACUCAGAAGGAGUAUCCGAUAAGGAUUUAAGGACACAAGGGAAAGUGAAACAAAAUGUACAUACUAGUGACAGUGAUAAAGAUGAUAGAGUUAAGAAGGCACCUGUAAAUGCAAAACAAGAUCGAGACUUGCGUCAAAAAAGGAGGGAAGGUCUUAGGUCAGCAAUAGCAGCAGCAACAGCUGCAAAUGAAGUUGAUAAGGAUGAACGAGUGGAGAAGAUGGUUGACAAAAAAAGAAAUUACCAUAAAGAAAGAGAACAGAGGUCAGGUUUUGAUAUGCCAGACUGCUCAAGAGAUUUUGAUGACAGAAGGGAUCCUGUUUGUAGACUAGAUGAUGCACAACAAAGACCUCCAAGGGAUUAUGACCAUCGUUAUGGCCGUAUGAUAGAUCCUCGAGGCAUGGAUCCAUACCCGAUUCAUCCAAAUGCACGAGGAAGGGGAAAACGAGGACCCUUACUUGCUAAUCCAGUUCGACAUCCUGACAUGCAUGGACCCAGAAAUCAUUGGCCUCAACACGAAAGGUGGCAGCAAGACCAACGAAGGCAGCAAAGGAAGACUGCCAAAUGGGAUAAAUGGCGGUCUGAUCAUCCUGAACAUUAUGGAAAAGAUGUUCCUGACCGUAUCCGUCAAAAUAGUGCCAGUGAAUACCCUGAAAACCCGGCAGACAAUCCAUUUGGAAUGGAUCUAGGAUUGCCAUCCAGAGAUGUAGAUGAGCGUGUCUUUCAGCGUCCACCACAAAGGGAGCCACUUAUGAAUGAUACUGAUCAUCGAGUACCAAUGAACAGAUCAGACCUUGAUCAACGUGACAUGCGCUUAUACCGAAUGGAAAGUAACCGUUUCCCCAUCGGUCGUGGUAGAAGACAUAUUGGUACUGAUGGACGUCCAAUGUCUGUUGGUGCAGAGAGAAAUCUUCGACCUCAGGUACGUGAUAGACCAACACAUCCAAUGGAGCUUGAUGGAAGACGCUUGGGCAUUGGUCGGGAUAGGAAAGUUAUUGUUGGAACCGAUGGUAACUUUGUGACUGUAGGAGGACCAGAUGGAAGGCGUGGAAGAGAUCGUGAAGGCCGUCCAGGAAGUCCACAGCGCCAUAGACUAGGACUAGAAGGAAAACAUUUUGAAGGUAGACCUGAUAGUCGAUUUAUGCCAGAAGACGCACCUGUGAGUUUUGCUCCAGAUGGUAGACCGAUUCAUCCCAGUAGGGAAAGGAGACAAAUACCUCUUGGAUCUGAUGGCAGACCUGUUCUUGACACAGAUGGUAAACCUGUUUCAGAUACUCUACCUCAUGUAAUUGGGCCUGAUGGACGACCUCUUCCAAUAGGACCUGACGGACGACCACUUCCGAUAGGACCUGAUGGACGUCCACUUCCAAUAAUUGGACCAGAUGGUCGACCACUUCCUAUUGGACCUGACGGACGACCACUUCCGAUAGGACCUGAUGGAAGACCACUCCCGAUGGGACCUGAUGGUUCUCUUCCAAUAGGACCUGAUGGACUUCCUGUACCUAUAGGACCUCAUCCAGGUAUGAACCAACCGUUACCAGUUUCUGGAAACCAAUCUAUGCAGUUAACUAUGGAGAUGAUAGUGAGUCAAGCCGUCCAGAACGUGGCUCAGAUGAUUGGACGUGGUAUGGGCAUGAGCAAUCAGAGGUUUAUGACUCCAAUGGCACAGGUUAAUCCAACAGCACCAAACCCACCUACAAAUGUAUUCCCAGUGGCUCCACCUGUUGAACCAAGCUUGCCACCUCAACCAGUACCAAUUCAGACCCAAACAGAUGUCAACUCUCUGUUUGCUAAGCUACUGGAGACUGGAAUCAUCACUAAAAAGACAGUUGAGGUAGAAAGAUCUGAUUCUCCAUCAGUUGCGUCAGCAGAGACUGAGAAAGAGGAGCCAGCAAAGGUAGAAGAGAAACCAGAAUCUGAUCUAGAAGAAGAGGAAGAUAAAGAUUUAAUAAUACCACCAAUAACAUUUGAUCUCAAAGAUUUAAAAGAGCGCUAUCCAGGUGUUAUAAAGAGCAUUUACUCAGGAACUCAAUGCAAAUCAUGCGGUUUACGAUUCACUAUUGACCAAAUGGAUCGUUAUCGUAAACAUCUUGACUGGCACUUUAAACUUAACCGUAAGGAUCGGGAUGACGUGAAGGCCCGCACAUCACGCAGAUGGUACACACCAGCAGAUAACUGGGUUGUCUUUGAAAGUGUUGAGAACUUGGAAGAAGGAGCUGAGAGUUCAUUUUUCGAGGAGCAGGCACUCCAGAUGAAACUGAAUGAGUUUGCAGUAAGUAGUGUGCCCAUAAUACAAGGAAACGAUAAAGAUGAUAUUUGUAAGGUUUGUCAUGAACCAUUCCAGCAAUUCUGGGAUGAAGACGAGGAACAGUGGCAGUUAAAAGAUGCUAUACGAAUAGAUAAUAAGACAUAUCAUCCUACAUGUUAUCAAGAUGCCAAAGAGAAUUCUCUGCUGGAGACACCUACUCCAAGCGAUGGUAUGACUAGUCCUCCAUUCAGUUUUAAAUCUGUCGAGUCACCACUACAGGCUGCUCCCAUUGUUAAGUUGGAGUUCAAAGUUGAAGAACCUGACAAGACAACAGAACCAGUGAAAGUUAGCAACACCCAGGAAACAAGCAAUGUUGUAAAAACUGAAUCAGACAUUAAAGUAGAAAUAAAGACUGAUAUUAAAGCACCACUGACAGAGACUAAAUGUGAUGAUGAACUGAUCAGCGAUGUUGUAGUGAAAGAAGAACCAAAAGAGGAGCAAGAUGCAGCUGCAGCAGUGCCAACAACUGGAGAGUCAUCUGAAGUUGCCAUUGCAACUACAGAACCUCCUUCUAGUACUCAGAUAACUGAAGAAAAUCAGACAACUGCAGAAUCCGAUCCCGUAAAAAAAACAGAACUAUCAUCUGAAGCUGAAUUAACCCAGAUUAAACAAGAAAUCAAAGAUGAAAAAAAUACAGAUGAGAUAAAGAACCUUGAGGAAAAGGAUAUAAAAACAGAGGGGAAAAUAGACACAGAAGAAGAUACUGUUGUUAAACAGGAGGAAUCAACAGAGGAUGAGGGAACAGGUGAACUAAAGAUUGACACAUCAGAUAGUCCAGGAGCUAGCAAUGAGGAAGAGCCUAUUCCAGUACAGACACAAUCCAUCAAAGUAGUUAGUGGGGUGCCUAGAAUGAGUUUACGUGCAAAUAAAGGAAGAUCCAAUUAUCGCGACUGGUGCUGACAGCAUUCAUUUUGUAAAGCUCUGUUCCCACUAUCAAUUUUUAUGUGACAAAUACAUUCUAUGACAUCACUAUGCCCAUUAUAUUGGUGACAUUGUAUAAAAACAAACCACUUGUUCAUUUUAAGCUGUCCACACUAUCAAUUUUUAUGUGACAAAACAUUCUAUGACAUCACUAUGCCCAUUUUUAUGGGCGUGAUGUGACAUUAUUGUAUAAAAACAAACCACUUCAGACUUGCCAAUCCAAAACCAGCAUGCUGUUGUUAAACUGAGUAAUAGACCUUUCCGGAGUGUCAAUCAAACUUAACAACUGACUAAUCAAAACAGCGCUAGGAAUACGCGCGCAUCUUACAAACACAUGUGAUGUCCCACAAACGCUCGUGUUCGCGUAUGUCUUGUGGGACCUUAGCAACAAUAUCCAAGGGGCGGAGCUUAGCGGAAAGGUCCAUUAGCGCAAGAAUGUGGCGGUAUUGUAUACUUAUAGUACAAAUAAGCGAUAAUUCCACUCAUAACUUUAUCAUUAUCCGAUUACUGUAAAUGAUAGAUUAUUUUAAACCUGAUGAAGUGGAGAAUAAGAAUAUUAAAAAGUCUAUUUUCAUGUUUUCAUCACUGAUGGUGGUUUUGGGAUGGCAAGCCUCACUUUUUCAUUUUAAGCGAAGUCCAUGUUAUUAAGUUUUGUAUGACAAAUGCAUAUACUACGCUUAUAUAUAUUGGUGUGAUAUGACAUCAAUAUGUAUUAUGAAUAAAUCGAUAACAAAUGUUUGUCACAGAAAACUUAUGGUGUACUGCGAACAGUGCUUUAUACUAAAACAAAAGUGCUCCUUAUAAUGGGAUUGAAAUAUAUAAAAUGAAAAUAUGAAAAAAAAAAUGUAAAUAUUUGUGGCAUUGGAAGAUGUAAAGAAAAUAUAAAAAAACUGCCACAGAAGUUAAGUACAAAGUUCCUUAUGGGUUCCUUGAUUUAAAUUUUUUUAAAGUUUGCAUUUUGUUUAUAACCUGGUAAUCUAAAAUUGUGAUUUGUGUUUCUGUAUCCACAUUUUAAUGUUAUCAAUAAGUAACAUGUAUAUACAAUAUUUAUUUAAAAAAUUCGGAACAGGAAAUCCGAUUUCAGGAGUCACAAGAACCAUAUUAUUCAAAUUGAUAUUCAUGUAUAAUUCCGUUGAAUAUUAUUGUUUCAAUUAUCCAGAAAUUCAACAAAGAAGUAAAUAUUUUUUAAAAGUGAAACUUUGUGAAUUCUUGAAUAAAUUUCAUAUAAAAUUGAA